AGCAACCUGAGAGCAGCAUGGAUCUAAACUGAAAGUGAAAAGUGACACCACUUCUUCGCAAUGUAAAGAGAUGCUGUUUCACAUGAGCUAACGCUAGCAGCUCCUUCUAGCAUUUUCUUUACCGACCUUUCUCUGACACUCUUACUACGUUAAAGAAAGAAGAAGCAGCUCCUGAUGAACAGCAGACUUUACGUUUAUGCUAAGUUACAGCCUCGGGUGUCUUAACUGAUCUUUAAACGGCUUGGGAAAUAAUUUGAAUUUAUUGUUAGCUUCCUGGUUGGUGGAGCUUACUUGAGCAUUGAAAAUAAAGGCAACGCGCCGUCAGACCGGCUCCUGUGGAUUACCUUAGCGCAACGUGCUACAGUUACCGAGCAGUUUAUAACGCUCAUUUUAACAAUUUAUUACACACAAGCCAGUGAGUUUUAAGUUCAUUAGUAAGUAUCAUGGCUCAGAAGCGGAGAACACAGUCCUGGGCAGAGCUGAAACAAGCCGGUAACCAGUGCUUCAAAACCGGUCAAUAUGGAGAAGCGAUUACUUUGUACACCCAAGCCAUCCAGCAGUUAGAAAAGUCCGGUCAAAAGAACCAGGAAGAUUUAGGUAUUUUGUAUUCUAACCGGGCAGCCAGUUACUUGAAAGAUGGAAAUUGCAGUGAAUGCAUUAAAGACUGUUCAGUAUCUUUGGACCGGGUUCCAUUUGGAAUUAAAUCAUUGCUUCGCCGUGCUGCAGCUUAUGAGGCUAUGGAGAGAUACAGACAAGCCUAUGUAGACUAUAAAACAGCUUUACAGAUGGACUGCAAUUUACCUGCAGCUCACGAUGGAACCAACAGAAUGACAAAGGCUCUGACUGACAUGGAUGGACCAUCAUGGAGAGAGAAGCUUCCUCCAAUCCCAACUGUUCCCAUGGCAGUAAAAGAAAAAAUUAUGCUGGCUGCCAGCCCCAAUGCCAUUUCUAAGCAAAAUGGCAUCAAGGAAACCAAUACUCAAAUGGCUAGAGAUGUUAAAAAAGCUAAACUGCUUAAGGAAGAGGGGAAUGCAUUUGUAAAGAAAGGAGACCACAAGAAGGCAGUGGAGAAAUACACACAGUCUCUCAGUCAAGACCCCAGUGAGGUUACGACCUACACAAACAGGGCUUUGUGCUACCUGUCUCUGAAGAUGUACCAGGAAGCUGUGCGGGAUUGUAAUGAGGCCCUUAAGCUGGACCCAGCUAACAUUAAAGCACUGUACAGACGAGCACAGGCUUUCAAGGAGCUUAAAGACAAGAAAGCUUGUGUGGCAGAUCUCACCAGCUUGCUUAAAAUCGAACCUGACAACAUGGCCUCAUUGAAGCUACUGCAAGACAUACAGAAAAUGAAAUAAUCCCUAUUUUGUAAUGUAUUCAGAAGUGCCUACUAAAUAUGAUUCUAUCUGCUGCACCAGACAUUCUGUAUGCUCUUGGAAGAUAUUUUAGAAGUGACAUAAAAAAAAAAGCAUAACAUGAAUACAUUAUCAUGGUCAAAAAGGUGCAUGUUUUUUACACUUUACCAACAUUUAAUCUGCAAAUGACAGUCAGGUCUGGUAAUAACUGGAUGAAACAGUAAUUAUUAAGGUAGGGGUGUGUUAUGUCACUCGUACUGUUGUUUUUUCAUUACAUUGCAGUGUUGUGUUAACAGGGUUUAUAUAUAUGGUUUACUAUAU